AUGGAAAAGGACACUAGUUAUAUGAACCUACUGUUUAGUCAAUCUCAGACUCCAGUGGAUGUUGAUUCACCUGAAACUUUUUGGUUCGGUAGCCAAGGUCCUAGUGAGUCUGUUGUCGAGCCUGUUGUCGAGUCUGGUGUCAGGAGGAAGUGGUCUCCGAAGGAGGAUAAGAUCCUUAUUGGCGCUUGGCUUAACACCAGUAAGGAUCCCGUCGUCAGCAAUGAGCAGAAAGCUGGUGCUUUCUGGAAGCGGAUUGUAUAUUACUACAACGCAAGCCCGCAGCUGGUUGGGACAGUACCGAGAGAGGUUACCUCUUGCAAGCAGAGGUGGGGUAGGAUCAACACUGACGUAUCCAAGUUCGCUGGAUGCUAUGACGCGGCUCUGAGGGAGCAGAGAAGUGGCCAAAAUGAUGAUGAUGUGAUGAAAGCUGCCUUAGACAUCUUCUUCAGUAAUAACGAGUACAAGUUCUCCAUGGAUCACUGCUGGAGGGAGCUUAGGCAUGACCAGAAAUGGUGCUCUUCCUAUGAGCCUAAGGACGGUGGAAAGGAAAAGCGCAAACAAGUGUUGGAGGUUGAUAGAGAAGAAGAGCAAGUCGGAGAACCAGAGGGUAGACCUCCCGGGGUAAAGGCUGCCAAAGUUGGUAGUAAGAAGAAGAAAAGUGGUAGAGAGGAGGAGUUGGGAAAGCUUCAGGGGGUUUUAGAAGUCAAAGAAAAACUCUCUAGAGCUAAGAUUCUUGUUCGUUUACUCGCGAAAAAAGAGCCUUUAACUGAGAUGGAAACAAGUCUUAAAAUGAAACUAAUGUCUGAAAUGCUUUGA